GAAAAUGAACGAAUUUUCGGUCUUAUAUGACGAUGUUUGUCAACGUGUUUCACGAUCCCUUACGGAAGCACUGAAACCGUUUGACGGUAUCGAUACAGUUGCUACUCAUGGUGGAUAUAAUCCAGUGUAUUUAGAGGAAGUGGGGCGUCCUGUUGUCCCGCCAAUAACUUUGUCGUCUACUUUCCAACAGCUUUCUCCUGGUGUCGCAAAAUAUGACUAUUCUAGGUCUGGAAAUUUCUCUCGGGAGUGUUUGGAAAAGUGUAUAGCAUCUCUGGAAGACGGCCAUGACUGCUGUGUCUUUAGUUCUGGUCUUGCAGCCUUAGGAACUCUCAUUCAGGUCUUAUCAAAUGAUGAUCACAUCGUUGCGUUCGAUGAUUUAUACGGAGGAAAUGGGCGAUAUCUGCGUCGACUUGCCUCGAAAUCUGGAAUAACAACUACUUUCGUUGACAUGCGUGACUUGAAUUUGUUUCAACAGGCGUUACAGAAAAACACUCGCUUAGUCCUUAUAGAAUCUCCAUCAAAUCCUUUAAUGCGUCUGGUCGAUAUAAGUGCUGUUGCGUCUAUCGCUCAUGAGUUUAACAAAGAAAUUAUUGUUGUUGUUGACAAUACUUUCAUGAGUUCUUAUUUUCAACGUCCACUUGAUCAUGGAGCAAAUGUUGUUUUACACUCUCUCACAAAGUAUAUGAAUGGUCAUUCUGAUGUAGUUAUGGGCGCACUGGUUACACGUAAUCAAUCAGAACUACACAAGCAGCUAAGAUUCAUACAGUAUGCUGCAGGCGCUGUUCCGUCUCCAUUUGACUGCAUGUUAUGUCUUCGAGGAUUACGCACAUUACCAAUACGAAUGAAAGCGCACAUGCGAAAUGGACUUAUAGUGGCUAUGAUGCUUGAGAAACAUCCGCUAGUUGAAAAGGUUCUACAUCCAGGUUUAGAGUCAUUUCCUCAAAGAGAUAUUAUCGCAAAGCAGAUGCGUGGUUUUAGUGGUAUGAUAACUGUUUAUCUACGAUGUACUGGGGAACAAACAAAAACGUUUAUUACAAAUCUGAAGCUGUUUACGUUAGCCGAAAGUUUAGGGGGUUAUGAGAGCCUUAUUGAAAUUCCGUCCAUUAUGACACACGCAUCAGUCCCAGAGGAUGUUCGUGAGGUCAACGGGAUCACUGGGAAUAUGCUUCGCUUGUCAGUGGGACUAGAAGAUCCGAAAGACCUAUCACUCGACUUAUAUGAAGCUUUUGACAAAUUGAACCAGAAUCCCAAACCAAUAUAAACUUGUCCUCUUCAAUUAUUGAUUGACGUUUCUUCAAAUAAAUUCACAUGAUGAAUACUCUACAAA